CUAGCUUAGUCCUGUUGCAGGGGCAGAAGCAGUUCCUGCAGGAGCCGGCGGGUUAUUUACUUUAAGGAGAGACAAGACAGAGCCAAGACCCCUGACAGGGAGAUAAGAACUCGGGGCCUGGGGAGAUCGUUGAGAAUUGCUGGGCUCUCCGGGGAAGGUGGGCAGGAGUGUCCGUAUCAGCCUGGGUUCGGCCACUCUGGGGAAAGCUCUCCGGAUCCACCAUUCUCAGGGAGUCUUCCGGAGAGCCAAGAAUGGGAGGAGCUGGCGGCACUAAAGCCAGUCCCAAGUCCCCAUUGGUUGAAUUCCUGCGGAGGGCGUGGCUGGCAGUCAUUCCCAGCGCGGUGUCACGGAGAGGGGGCGGGGCGAGUGGAGCAGGCAGGACUGAAGGCUUGAGUUUGCCCCGGGUCUGUGUGUAACACAAGCCAGAGCGCCAGAGCCCGGGAUAUGGAGGCUGUUUAGACAGGAGCAGGAGCUUUUGCAUCGUUUAUCAUUCAGCCAUUUGCCCAUCACGGGAGAGUCCCACAUUCCCAGCACAAGGGGCCUCCCUACACAGGAUUUAUUGACCCUUUGCACUUGCAAUUAAGUCCUGCUGAUGAUGUUACCGAGCCCAGUCACUUCCACACCUUUCUCCGUCAAAGACAUUCUAAAUCUGGAGCAACAGGGUCAGCCGCCCAUCGCCCACCCCCAGCACCUCCAGCAGCAGUGCAGCAGGGCCCACCCAGCCCACCCAGCCCAGGACUUGGACUCAGACUUCCAGCAGGCCUCUUGCAUGUUGGCUGCGGGGGAGAGAUGUGUGUAUGCGGGCGGGGAGGAUAAGCUGCCCUUCCUCAGUGCUAUGGGGGCUGCUGAGCCUCAUGGGGACGUUGGGCUCUCCCCUGACAGAUAUGUGGCCCUCAGGGACCCCAAAGAGGAAGAUGAAGAGGAAGAAGACUCGCUAAGAGAGGGUGGGAACAAAUCUUGUUUCCUGAAUAAAUCUCCCGAUGGCGAGGGGAAGCUAGAAGACCCAGACAGGCCCAAGCAGAGAAGCCGCAGAAAACCCAGGGUCCUGUUUUCCCAAGCCCAAGUCUUUGAGCUGGAGAGGAGAUUUAAACAACAGCGAUAUCUCUCUGCCCCUGAGAGGGAGCAUUUGGCAAACAGCCUGAAACUCACCUCUACCCAGGUGAAAAUCUGGUUCCAAAAUAGGAGAUACAAGUGUAAGAGGCAAAGGCAGGACAAAUCUCUGGAGAUGGGCACCCACCACCCUCCCCCUCCCAGAAGGGUAGCAGUGCCAGUGUUGGUGAGGGAUGGCAAGCCUUGUAUUGGCGGAUCUCAAAGCUACAAUACGGCCUAUAAUGUGACAGCCAGUCCCUACUCAUAUAACAGUUACCCAGCCUACAGCUACAACAACAGCCCUUCCUACAAUACCAACUACAACUGCAAUUAUGCCAGUAUCCCCUCAAACCUACACAAUACAGGAACCAGUCCAUUUGUAAACCUUGGCAACCUCAGCCAGAUCAGCAAUUCCCCACAGCCCCAGACCCACCCAGGGACUUCAGUUCCUGCAUGCCAGGGGACUUUACAGGGUAUCCGGGCCUGGUAGAACUUGCAGGAACACUUCUACUUUGGACCUUUCUGCUUUGGACCUUACCAGCUCUAGAGGAAAUAUGCAACUUCUAGAUUCAGAGACAGAAACAAUGGCGUCAGGGUCGCCAAUCGCUUGGCCCUGCAUAGACUGUGGACUCUCUGCUGUGCAGAUAUUAUGAAAUGACUAGGUCUGACAAAAGAGCUGGGGACAUUUAAUACAGGAAGCACAAUAAGGUAUUACUGCCCCCAUAGAAAUAUAAAAAAGUGAUAUGGAAAAUACAAAAACGACUGUAUCUUUGUAAUGAAAGAUACAAGGAGAGGAUAUAUAGAUUUUAUAUGCAUAUAUAAAUAUAUAAAUCGAAACUUUGGCUUUGAACCUGAGUGUAGGUUUUUAAAGCAAAAAUGAUCAGAUCUGCCAAAUCAUCAUUAUUAGUGACAGUGAUAGUGAUUAUCACUUUAACGCUUGAAGAGCAAAAUCUUCCUUCAUGGGCCUCUAGCUGCUCUACAGAGCCCAGCACCCUCUAUGGCCAACGGCUACCAGGAGUUGCUGGGAAUUGUAGUUCUUAAUCAGCCGGAGAUAAAGUAGAGACCGAUCUGUGGUCACUCAGCUACAGAUCCCUAGAGCACUAGCCCCUGAGGUGUCGGGGAUAUUCCGUUAUAGGUCUGUGUCUGGGGGGUUCAUUGGAUCAUUUAUUUUGAAUGAACUGUAGUGUAAUGUUAUGUAUAUUGUAUAGGCACUCAAAGCAAUCUCAGACAGCAGGCCUUGUGGUGCUAUAUGCCAGUGUAUUGUGAUAUCUUUUCUUUUCAAUGCAAAAAAUAGCCACUUAUUUAUCUAUAGUAUUCACAUUAAAGUAUACCAAACGAAGAACUGAACUCCUUCCAUAUCGACGCAGUGUGUUUUCUCCCUCACAUUCUGGCACCCAUAGAUUGUUACUUUGCUGGCUUUAUAUACUCCAUACUCCUCCUACUGACAGGUCCCAACCCUAUAUUAUAUAUAGAUUACGCUAAAAGCAGAUGACAGUAGCCCUAUAAAUUAAUCAUGAUGACCUAUGACCUUUGGGAGCUGGCUAGUUCGUUUCAAUGCAGAAGGUUAUUGCAUUUAUAUGUAACUUUAACCCAUUACUAUUUAAUGGCUUGAAGUGAGUGUAUAAGUAAACAAACUCUUAAGAAAUAUACAUUUUCACUCUCAGCCAACUAAUGGGGCCAGGUUCUCAUGCGAAAACCCCUUGGUUAUUUCUAGCUAUUGUUGUUUUUCCUUGUUGGGUGUCACAACAGCUAAAAAUAGGAGGACGAAAACUUUAAAAAAUAAAUCAAUACAAAAUAAUUUCCAUAGUUAAUAAUGCAGUUGGAAAUAUAUAAAUGUACACAAUAACGUGGCCUUUAUUAUUGGCAUAGGAAAACUGUGUUCGUUUUAGAUUUCUUAGUAAUACACAGCCCCAUGCACUAAAUCUCCAAUAAAACUGAUGUGCAAUAUUUCUAUUUAUA